AUGGAAGGAGUGAAUCAGUCUGUGGUGUCAGAGUUUGUGUUCCUGGGACUCACCAACUCCUGGAGUAUUCAACUAUUGCUCUUUGUGUUCUCCUCUACUUUUUAUGUGGCAAGCAUGAUGGGAAACUGCCUCAUUGUGUUUACUGUGGCAUCUGACCCUCACUUACACUCUCCAAUGUACUUUCUGUUGGCUAACCUCUCCUUCAUUGACUUGGGUGUUUCUUCUGUUACUUCUCCCAAGAUGAUUUAUGACUUAUUCAGAAAACACAAAGUCAUCUCCUUUAGAGGUUGUGUCACUCAGAUCUUCUUCAUCCAUGUCAUUGGUGGUGUGGAGAUGGUGCUGCUCAUAGCCAUGGCUUUUGACAGAUAUGUGGCCAUAUGUAAGCCUCUCCAUUAUCUGACCAUUAUGAGCCCAAGGAUGUGCAUCUUGUUUUUAGUGGCUGCCUGGGUGGUUGGCCUUAUACACUCUCUGGUUCAAUUGGCUUUUGUAGUUGACUUACCUUUCUGUGGACCAAAUGUGUUGGACAGCUUCUACUGUGACCUUCCUCGUUUUAUCAAACUUGCCUGCAUAGACACUUACCAACUGGAAUUCAUGGUCACAGCCAAUAGUGGAUUCAUCUCUGUGGGCUCCUUCAUCAUACUGAUCAUUUCCUAUAUUGUCAUCAUAAUCACUGUACAAAAACACUCUUCAAGUGGUUCCUCCAAAGCUCUGUCCACACUUUCAGCUCAUAUCUCUGUGGUGGUCUUAUUCUUUGGUCCUUUGAUAUUCUUCUAUACCUGGCCUUCUCCUUCUACACACCUGGAUAAAUUUCUGGCUAUAUUUGAUGCAGUUGUUACUCCUUUUCUGAAUCCUGUGAUCUACACAUUCAGAAAUCAAGAAAUGAAGGUUGCAAUGAAGAGAGUAUGCAGACAGCUAGUUAGUGAUAGGAAAGCUUCUUAA